GGAAGGAGGGAGGAGUGGGGGAGAGAGAGGAGGAGAGAGGGAGAAAGUGAGCUCACGUUCACACGUUGGUAAAGAGGCUGGUCUUGCGAUGCCUUUGAAUAUUUUACUUUUCGGCAGUUGCCCAUCAGUCAGCCACACACAUCCGAGGCAAGCUGAAGCUGACUACAGCCAUGGACAGCACUAGGAGAGCUGAAAUCUAAUCGCAUGCAUCAUACCUCCAGGAUAUUUUUUCAAAUGACAUAUAUAAACACGCUGACAGGCAGCUGCGCUCGCACACACACAUAGACAUCCACACAUCGGCAGAGCCGCCAGCAACCGCACGGCCGCUGAGCAAACACCUUGUCUCUUCUCGCAGGAUAUACCCGCUCACACACAUCUCUCUUUAUCUCCUCCUGGCUCCCCUGAGGAUCGUGCCGGCUGUUUUUCAUGGAGAAAGUCCAGGGAGAAAUGGAGAUUGAGAGAUGGGAAAGAAGUGAAGAGAUUUCAGACGCAGAGAAAAAGGUUAUUCAAGAGACAUGGAGCAGAGUAUAUGCAAACUGCGAGGACGUUGGGGUCUCCAUACUCAUCAGGUUUUUUGUCAACUUCCCAUCGGCCAAGCAGUACUUCAGCCAGUUCAAGCACAUGGAGGACCCGCUGGAGAUGGAGAGGAGCUUGCAACUGCGUAAGCACGCUCGGCGGGUCAUGGGUGCCAUUAACACUGUGGUGGAGAACCUCAAUGACCCCGAAAAGGUCUCCUCUGUUCUGGCACUGGUGGGCAAAGCCCAUGCUCUAAAGCACAAAGUGGAACCCAUCUACUUUAAGAAACUCAUCGGUGUCAUGCUGGAGGUCAUUGCUGAAGAAUACGCCAAUGAUUUCACCCCCGAGGCUCACGGCGCUUGGACCAAGAUGAGGACCCUCAUCUACACUCAUGUGACGGCGGCGUACAAGGAGGGCUCUGGCAUUACAGACAAUGAGGAUCCCUUCUAAGAUUUCCUCUGGCCUUGAUCCACUGCUGCCCUGGGAAGCUGACAACUUUCUGGGAAACCUCUGCUGGACAUCAGCUUGCCAGGCAGUGAGGUCCUGGGCUGGGAUCCCUGGGGCCAUCCUCUCCCCACUACGGGGACGCUGUGGGAGAGGGCAUCAGUAGCACUCCCCAGGGCAGACUAUGUCCUACCAAGCAGCCAGCAGAAACCUCUGCUUUGCUCUCCCACAGCCAGUUCACCUGUGCUUUCCAUCAUUCCCAGGGAACAGCUUUUCUUUUUCCUCUUUCUGGUGUUUGUUUCCAUGCCGAGGGGCUCCUCUGGCAUUGCUAGGGUGGCCAGCGGUGGGUGCCUGCUCCCAGAAAAGCUUUUGAUGGGUUUUUCCCCUUUCCUCUGCUGGCUGUAACAGCAAGUUUCUGCUUAGGAUCCGUGGGAGCCUGUGUGGCUCUUGCUCCUUCCAUCGCUCGUGCUAAGAUGCUGGCACAAUCCAUGCCUGGAUGGUGACCCUGGGUGGUGACUCUGGGGGAUGACUGUUCAAAUGGCAGUGAGGAGGUAUCUUAUCCUGUUCCUCUGGGCCACCUUCUGGUGCACUAGCUUUGGGUUAAGGGGAUUUGGGGAGGGCUGUAAACUUCUUGGCUGCAUUCCCCAGCAUUCCCUCACCUUCCUGCAAGACCCUGGGAACAGGGUUAGCUGCAAAAUAGCCACAGGACUCCACUAAUGUCACUACAGCCACUCUCUCUGGCUUUGCAGUUCCUUCCUUCCUGUGUCCUGCAAUAAAACAGGUGGAGAUGAGCAGUGUGGCCAGGAACAAUGGCACAUCAAAGAACCAUAGAAUAUCUUGGGCUGAAAGGGACCUCAAAGCCCAUCCCGUCCCACCCGCUGCUAUGGGCAGGGACACCUCCCGCUGGAUCAGGGGCUCCAAACCCCAUCCAACCUGGCCUUGAACCCCUCCAGGGAUAGGGCAUCCUUGACUCUCUGGGCAACGUGCGCCAGGGCCUCCCCACCCUCAUAGGAAAACAUUUCUUCCUAAGAUUUCAUCUCAAUCUCCCCUCUUUCAGCUCAAAACCAUUCCCCUUUGUCCUAUUCCUGCCCUCCCUGAUCCAGAGCCCCUCCCCAGCUUUCCUGGAGCCCCUUUCAGUGCUGGAAGCUGCUCUAAGGUCUCUCUGCAGCCUUCUCUUCUCCGGACUGAACAACCCCAACUCUCAGCCUGUCCUCAUCCAGCCCUGGGUGUAUGCCUGUGUCCUGGGUGUACGUAGAGGUUUGGGCGUAAAUAACUGCUCAGGGCACAGCUGUCCUUGUCAUGGCAGUGUGCGAGAUCAGAGGGUUUGUGAGAGGAAGGGACAGGCACAGGGUGACAAGUGAUGCUGCUUUCCUGAUGGGGUGGAUUGUGGUUCAGCCUGUGCCCGUCCAGGUGUCAGCAGCUGCUGCCUCUGCCUCAUGUCCCUGUGUCAAAGCAGGUGCUCAUCCCUCGCACAGUUGGCAGAGGCAUCGCUCAAACAUCAGCUGCUGCCCAGGGUCAGGGCUGUGCGGGUGAGAAAAGACCUGUUCAGCCAUUGAUUUUUCUCCAGUGCAAGAUUAGAGAGUGAUUGCUUAAAGCAAGACUUUUAGAAUUUUUUUUUUUGAUCCAUCACGGGAUUCACGCAUUGCAGCUCCACCACUUCCUGCCAAAACCUUGAGGCCAGCACCGCAUAUUUUUGAUGAGUUCAGAUACUCCUCAUGCUUUGCGGAUGCUGGGCCAGGCGUGUUUCCAUACAGGCAUGUUUCAUCUUUAGACAAAGUUCAGCACAUUAACCUUUGAUGUUAAUAUUCUGCAGGUGGGAACUUUUAUUUUUGCAAUGCAAGUCCUUCUUCUUCCUUCCCACAACCCAAACUGGGCUCGGUCGCAGCCACCAGGGAAGUGAUUUUGAGAUGGCUGGAAAGUCCUCAUCUUGAUGCUGACCUACCUGAGUGCCUUGGUUUUAGGGGAGCAGUGGUGAGGUUCCCCCCACCUCAUCUUUAAAUGGGGUUUGGUUUCUUCUUCCUCUUUUUCUUUUGCAUCCCUCGAUAAAACCUGGCCCAUGGCCUCAUGCACCCACGCAUAUGUGUGCUGGGUUUGGGGCUUUCUCCAGGCAUAUUUCUCCAAAGCAAAUCCAGAUGUGUACAGCUGCUGUCCCUUGAGAAGCCCCCCCCCCCCCCCCCCCCCCCCCCCAAUCAGCCAAAUUGCAGGCUGGUCAAAUAUAUGCAAACAAAAACAUGUUUAAUUUUACCCACUCUGUAGGAAGUAAGAUGAAGUGGAGAGGGUGGCUAGGGCAGAGCUCGCGAGGGGAAGAGAUGGAGAUAAAGCGAACGCCCCCUCUUUGCUGCACGCAGCAGAGCAGACAUUGCUUAAAUCGGGGAAAAUUGUCAUCUGGGGAGAGAUGAACAUGAACAGAGAUGAAAAAGGAAAAAAUACCAUUCCAGAGUGACAGGGCUGAUAAAUGCUGUGUGGAAGAGCAGAAAGGGAGACUGGGUCCUGGCUUGGAGCGUGGCUCUCCAGCAUAUGUGCAUGCAUGUGCCUGCACAACUGCUCCCUGCUACUGCCAGCCCCCCAGAACCUGCCACAGGGGGCUGGGGACCCCUCACUCUCUUUUUUUCCUCAGGCCCCGCUCACUGGGGUGCUAUGUUUCACCUCUCGACUUGCUUGGAUUGAGAUAAGGGCACGUGCACUUGGGGCUCAGCUUCACAUUCCUGGGCACUGGUAGGUAGGGACCGACUUGCAAAGUGAUUCCCCUCCCAAAUCCAUGACUGCAAAGCUGGGACUCAAGGCAUGGUGCUGGGGACUGGUCAGUCUCUCCUCUUCCCUGGGGGGCACCCCUAUGUCCCUCAAUCCCAUUCAUCUUCCCUAGGGAUGCUGCCAACUACUCCUGCUCCCUCUGCCCCUCUCUGAUGCCCAUGCUGUUGCAGUUGCCCCUGUGCAAGCCAGCCAAGCUCAGCUUAGAGCUGUCGCCCCUGUAACCAGGGCAGGAUCUGGCCCCUGGCUCAGCCAGUGCAUCUGCAUUAGGAUCAGGGCUGGGCUUGGCCCAUAACCCAGGUGGGGAAGUCUUUGUUCCCCCUGCCAGCAGCACUGCUGAGCGUGGAGGGUGCGUUUGGUGCCCCCAGGGCAGGGUCCCCCCCACAAACACUUCAUCCCGGCUCCCUUUGGGGACACCUGCUCAUAUCAAACAGCUCGUAUUUGUGUGUCCCUGAAGUUCGGUGUGGUGUUUGCUCAGAGGGAGCUCAGUGCUGGAGGGAAUGGAAAGCGUUAUGUUGGAACGGGGCACAGAUCCCAUCCACCCUGUCCCCCUACCCGUAAGGGCAACACUCACGGCAGGUCUGGCUCCAUACAUGCCUGGCCAGCUAGAGAGACACCCCAACGUCAUCAGACAAGGAAUCCUUAAGGACCUUGUGCCACCACCCUCGUCUUCUCUUCCAGUGAGACAAACCCCCGAGGCAGCCAAGCCACAGAUGUUCCUGGGGGAUUCCUCUUGCAUCUGUGCCAAUUUGUUACAGUUUUCCCCAGUCAAGGGGAUACCAGCAUCUCCUGCUCUCUGGGGAUGUGCCCAGUGACCUCAGUGGGGGGACCAGACUUUGCACCAGAGCUUAGCCCUUCCCUGCCCCUUGCUGUAUAGAAACCACCCCUGGUGCGCUGAUGUCAGUGCGAUGAUUGCUCGGGCCAGCGUCGGU